UUUGGAUCCGCCAUGAUAUUUCACGAAAGUUUUGUUUGUUUUGAUAGGAAGUAGUUAUCAAUCUUGGAAAAUAUUAGCUCACCGAAACUCAUUGUGUUGUUUGAAACUUCUUGGGAUUCUUUUUUCACCAUCGAAUAUUAUAUACAAAUGUCUGAAGAUUGGAUUGGUUGUGUUGUCUCUGUUGACUGUGGUGACACUUUGGGGACUUACCAGGGUCAAGUGUCAUUGGUCAACAGGGAAGACCAGUCUAUUACAUUAAUUAAAGCCUUUCGCAAUGGAAUGCUGUGUGAGGUCCCAACAGUUACACUUAGUGCAAUAGACAUUCAAGAUUUAAAGAUUUUGAAGACAUCCACUGAAGCUGAAGAGCUUCCAGCAAUAAGACAUAAAGUCAAGAAUGGACAUGUUACUCCACCUAAUGCUGCUGAUGCAGGAGAGGGGUAUUUGGAUACCACACCUCUGAAACCCAAAGCUAGUAAUGAUCCUGGGAGAAGGAAUGGAAGGUCCAAUGGUUACCAGGGAGUGAAUGGUCAAGGAGUUAAUGGUUUUCCAAAUGGAAAUGAUCAGUACAACUACAGUGUGUCUUCAACAAGAGAAGCAGACUCAUUCAGAAAGCGUUCUGGGUCUGCAUCAGACACUAAAACAAAUUCAGGGAGAGGUGGUCGUGGUCGCAGCACUCCUAAAAAGAUAGAAGGUCGGCGCCGUAAUACUCCAAGGGAAGAGUGCUUCAGUGCACCGUCUCAGUCAUUUUUAGGAGAAUUUGACUUUGAGAAAAACUUAGCUUUAUUUGAUAAGCAGGCUGUGUUUGAGGAGAUUGAGAGUUCUUCUUAUCCUGCUGAAAUGCAGAUAGCUGCACAAAAGCAGCCUCCAAAAUACCGGUGUGAUGAAAAUGUUUUGCAGUCUGGGCCUGUGGAACUGAGGCAGAUCAAAAUUAAAUCCAGUGCCAGUAGUGGAAUGGAGAAAGAUUAUGUCACAGAUGCCGGUUUGGUUGUUCCUUGCAUUCCACAAGAUUUACGCAAUAAACUAUUCGAGAAAGCGGAAAAAGCUGGAUUUAAGACAGAGCGCUUGCUGGAAGUUGUGGGUAGAUCUGCAUGUGAAAUGGUGCUGCAGCUUCUUGGUGGUGCACACAGACUCAAUCCUCGUAAUGCUCACCAGCGCCCCACAGUGGUGGUGCUAUGUGGGCCACAUAUGCAAGGUGCUCAGGGUGUGUCGUGUGCAAGGCAGCUAGCCAACCACAAUGUCAAUGUGAUCCUCUUUGUGCCAAAUUUUCUUAAGAUGUUGAACUGGCUGGCGGAAGAGAUAGCUUUGUUUGAAUUGACCAGUGGAAAGAAGACUUCCGAUCCAAGUGGCCUUCCUACAUUCCCAGUUGACAUAAUAAUCAACUGCCUGGACAAUGGUGAGAAUAAACACCUCCGCAGUCAACCAUGGUACACCACCAUUGUUAAUUGGACCAACCAGAGCAAAGCCCCAGUAAUGGCCAUGGACCCACCAGCUGAUGGAGGCAGCGACAUACAAAAUAAAUGGUCCAUGUGUCUGGGACUGCCUCUGAACUUGCCAGAUAAUUGUGGACAGAUCUAUCUGUGUGAUCUGGGACUCCCUAAAGCUAUUUUUAAACAGUUAGGGAUAACUUACCAGUCGCCAUUCGGUCACAAGUUUGUCAUUCCACUUCAUGUUAAGGCAUCCUCAUAAAAAGGAAGGAGUGUGGGGGCCCCCUUGGUGAACUUACAAGCUCCUGCCAGUAUGAAUAGUUGUAAUGUUACUGACUGGAACUGUAUUAUGUCAGACAGUUAUGAACAUAUGGGGGCUUCCAAGAAAAUAUGUGACUGAAAAACAAUAUUGCUGAUAUUUAGAAAUGUUAAUAAGGCAGCGAGUACUAUGAAUUUUGAUCUCAGAUAUGGUGAAAAUCUAGUGCAUGGCCUGACCUAGUCAUGAUUUGUCAAGAGCAUCCAGAUAAUUCAACUCGAGGUAUUUAGUCCUUGGUGCUUGAGUGAAGGACUUCACAGUAUUUAAGGAUACACUGUAAAUGAAUGGAAAAUGUGACAAUCUCUAUGUGUAUAAAAAUGUCAAAGAAGUAGAUGCUGUACACAGAUGAUUCGAACUUGACCAACAAUAACAGUAACAUUACUGUGUAUAUAGUCAUCAACAGUUCACUGCCAUAAAACCAUCAUCACUUCGCCAGCUUUCAUUGAAAAAACUGAGGAAAUUAUCACAACUUUGAGAGUUUGUUAAAGAGAAGAAAAAUAUUACGAAAGGGACAUAUAUAGUCAUCAACAUUUCACUGCCAUAAAACUAUCAUCAUUUCGCCAGCUUUUACUGAAAAAGUGAGGAAAUUAUUGCAACUGAAAGUCUGUAAAUGAGAAGAAAAAUUUUAAGAAUGGGACAUAAUAUGGAGAUGCAAGAAGGUAAGGGUUGGAAAGGAGAGAGAAGAAAGAAUUUAAAAAAAAGACUAGCAGUUGACAGAGAAGGAAAGAAAACAGUAUUAAAGAACAAUGUAGCUGAAAAGAGGUGGCUGAAAAGUAAAGUUUUACAUCAUUAUCAUUCAAUUAUUAGAAAAUCAUGUUUGUCGUAAGAUGCCUUUCAGCAGUCAUUUUAUUUUUUAAGAAAAGUAAGAAAUUGUAGAAAAAAAUGAAAUUCAAGAAGCAAAUAUUGUUAGAAAAAUGAAUACUUAAUGUAAAAAAUGGGCAGUGCAGUACCACUGAGAAUUUCAUAUAUUCAUUUAUCUGUAUACUUAAGUUUUUAUGAGAGAGAGUUUUAAAGAUGAUGUUGUUGAUAAUCGUGCAAGCAGGAUAAAAUGUAAAUAGUUAAUGGAAAUGGAAGGUUUGUACAUUACCAUGUUACUUGAGAAAAAUUUGUACAUGUACAUAAUUGCACUGGUUGAAAAGAGAGAGAGAGACAAGGUGCUCUCUCUUAAGAUUGUUUGGUUUGUAAAUAUUUUAUUACUGAUUGAUUACUGACUGGUACAAAGAGCAACAUGUAUAUUUACUCUUUGAACCAAAAUGUUUGAAUGUUAGGAUAUAUUUGCCCAUUGUUUAGAUACAGUGAAAUCUGAAGCUGUCUAAAUGAUGUACACUGCAGUAUAUUAGUUUUACGUAACAGCAACCAGUGAUAUAUGAACCUCUAUACUUCCAUCCUGGUAGAUGGUAAACAAGUUCUCUAGUGUACAGAUAGAAUACACUGGUUUUAUUCAAAGGAAAAGGCACAUGUUUGAACCAAAUUGAAAUAACCCCAUUUAAAUCAAAGCUGAGUCCACAGACUGAGGAUAUGAUGCAUUAAAUAAGUAUAUGCUCACUGUGAUAGGCAUAUACAUACUGUGCAAGUGAAGGUGUCCACAACCAUUUUGCAUAGCUUAGAGUAAAGAAACCUUACAAUUGAAGUCUACUGGAAUGGGAACUCCCUCGAGAAAUGGAUACCCUUUCUCUUUGGUUUUCAAUAGGAUUUUUUUUUUGGUUGCGUUGAGUUGAGUUGGGUUAUAGUACUUGGAGAUUUUUUUU